AGCCCGGCGGCCGCGGCGCGGGCGGGCGUUCAGCACCGCGUUUUCUCCGGCGCCGGCCGCCAGCCCAGAGGCUGCGCGCCGGAUCAGAAGCUCCUCCGAGAGCCCGGCGUGCUCUAGUCUUCGAGGGACCGGGACCGGCCCUGCGUCGCUGGGACCUCUUGACUCCCCUGACUUUGGAGGCUCCGCUGAGCGGGGGCCGCGUGAGGCAGUGGCCACAACUGGGGAGGAGCCUGAUGGGUACAGCAGGUGUGAAAGCCCAGCGGGCGGCGGCCUCCGAGAUGCAGGUCUGCACCUGGGGCCGGUGGACACAGGUGUGCACGUGGGGUUGAGCCGCGCUGCCCUGUGGCCUCGGGCUCCCAGCCCCGAGAACAUGACAACAGCCCAGAACGGCCAUGGACGAGUUGCUGCAAUCCCCUGUUCUGUCUCUGAUCCAAAAGACCCCAAAAUGGUGACUUACCCAGCAUGUCAGAACGGAGGAUGCGGCGGCGACGCGGAAGCCCAGGACGCCAGGCUCGGCCCCGCCAAGCUCGUGCGCCUCUUCUCGGUGAGUAGGAAGAGGACCAGUACCAACCCCGAGAGGCCCCGCUCGGUGGUCCUGAUGGGGCACUCCUCCACCUGGAACGCCCUGGCCUCCUUUCGGAAGAUGGGAUCUUUUAAAAAACUGAAGUCCUCAGUCCUUCAAGGAAUUCAGAACCGAGAGGGCUCUGAUGCGGCCAAGGAGGAGGCCUCAGAGCCGGACCUGGGGCCACCUGUUCCGAAUGGGGCCGCAGUCGGAAUAACAGCAGGCGGGCGCGGCUCCUCGGCAGCAGCCAGCGGGGCCCCCCAGCCUGGCCCCAGGCCCGCGUCCGACGGCUCUGACCCGGAGGAGGCCGACGACGCCUUCCAGAGGAGCACGCACCGCUCCCGCAGCCUGCGCCGCGCCUACGGCCUGGGCCGCAUCAGCAUCCUGGACUCGGAGAAGCAUGGCCGGCCCCUGUCCUCCGUCAUCCAGGAGCCCCCCCUGUGUGCGAUCGUCGUGAAAGACUCAGAAAACAACAGCAUUGUCUACCGGAGAAGCAAGAGCACCGACAACUUGAACUUCCUGAAGAAGAGCUCCUUCAAGCGGAAGUCGGCCUCUAACCUUGCGGACCUCAAGGUGGCGCCCGACAGGCCCGCGCCGCGCAGGACGCUGAGCAGCUCCUCGGCCGACUCAGAGAAGCUCGGCGCGUCUGAGAGGAGGACAAAACGCUGGAAGAGCCCGAUCAGGGCCAAGGAUUUUGAUCGGGUCCUGAAGCUUGUGAGCAGCGCCACGGAUGCAGCCUGGAAGCGAGAGCGUCCCAAGGGCGGGUCGCCCUGCUCCUGCGACGCUGCGCCGCGGCCUGGGCUCCGCAGCCGGCUGCACGACGACUACUCGCGCCGGGUGUCCAGCAGCAGCGAGCUGGAGCGCAGGAGGUGUGUGGCCGCCCCAGACUUCAGCCCAGCCGAUCCUCGGGGCCCCCACGUGGAUGUGGAGACAGCAGUGUUUCCUCUCGAGGCCCAGAGCGUCAGUCCUUGCAAGGCUGGCAACUCGUUUCCGAGUCCGAUUGCCCAGGAAGCGCUGAGCAAAGACUCCCACGAACCAAAACCUGGCAGCCAGUUUACAUUCGAACCCGAGCAGCCUCUUACUCCUCUAAGGCCCACCACACCCAAGCCCCCCAGUCCUCAGAGCCCAGGCGCAGGAAACGCCAAGUGUCCCAACAAUUUCAGUGCGCUGUCCCUGAGUUCAGUGGACAGUGACGAAAGGGCAGAAGGAUCUGUGCCCUUUCAGGACUCGGUGCAAGCCACAUGUGACAAAGGCAGUGAGGAGAGCGGUGCCAGCAGCCACCCUCAGCUGAGCCCCGGGGGGGCAUCGGGUCCAGAAGAGAAGAAGGACGAGGUUGUUACUGAGGAAUCCUGGAGGCGGGGCUCAUCCCAGGAGGAAGAAAGAACAGAUGCUCAGAGGGUCCCCAGGAGGAGAUGGGGCUCUGGGAGAAGGUCAAGGCCUCGACCACUCUCGGACUAUGGCCAGCUGGCCAGCCGAAGUUUGUCAAUUCCUGAAGACUCAGUUGCUGUGGACCCCCAGAAGGAGGACAUUGUGGACAGUGCCCACCAGCCAAGCGCGGCCUCCAUGAACCCUGCAGACCGGAACGCUGCCCUGGGCUGCCCCAAAGGAGGCCUGAGAAAACGUCCCAUCUCUGUGAUAGGUGGGGUCAGCUUCUAUGGGAACAGCCAGACAGAAGAAAUCGAGAACCUUCUAACCCAACCAGCAGCCAGGCCGCCUGUGCCAGCUCACCAGGUGCCGCCCUACAAAGCAGUUUCUGCCCGAUUCCGGCCGUUCACGUUUUCCCAGAGCACCCCGAUUGGACUGGACCGCGUGGGUCGCCGGCGCCAGAUGAGAACAUCCAACAUUUCUUCAGAUGGUGGUCCUGAGUCCUCUGGUUUAGUGGAUGACAACGGCAGUGAGGAGGACUACAGCUAUGAAGACCUGUGUCAGGCCAACCCCAGAUACCUACAGCCAGGCGGGGAACAGCUGGCCAUCAAUGAGCUGAUCAGCGAUGGCAGCGUGGUCUGUGCAGAAGCCCUGUGGGACCACGUGACCAUGGAUGACCAGGAACUGGGCUUCAAGGCAGGAGAUGUCAUCCAGGUUCUGGAAGCCUCUAACAAGGACUGGUGGUGGGGCCGGAACGAGGAUAAGGAAGCUUGGUUUCCCGCAAGUUUUGUCAGAUUGCGAGUCAAUCAGGAAGAGCUGUCGGAGAAUUCCAGCAGCACCCAGGGUGAGGAGCAGGAAGAGGACGCUGGCAGGAACCGCCACAAACACUGCGAGAGCAAGCGGCAGAUGAGGACCAAUGUCGUCCAGGAGAUCAUGGACACCGAGCGGGUGUACAUUAAGCACCUCAAGGACAUCUGUGAGGGCUAUAUUCGACAGUGUCGCAAGCACACAGGGAUGUUCACUGUUGCACAACUAGCCACCAUUUUUGGAAAUAUUGAAGAUAUUUACAAAUUCCAAAGAAAGUUCCUGAAAGACCUGGAGAAACAGUACAACAAAGAGGAGCCUCACUUAAGUGAAAUAGGAUCGUGCUUUCUUCAACAUCAAGAGGGCUUCGCCAUCUACUCCGAGUACUGCAACAACCACCCGGGCGCCUGCGCAGAGCUGUCCCGCCUGAUGAAGCAGGGCAGGUACCGGCACUUCUUCGAGGCGUGCCGCCUGCUCCAGCAGAUGAUUGACAUCUCCCUGGAUGGCUUCCUCCUCACGCCCGUGCAGAAGAUCUGCAAGUACCCCCUGCAGCUGGCCGAGCUGCUCAAGUACACCACGCAAGAGCACAGUGAUUACAACAAUAUAAAGGCAGCAUACGAGGCCAUGAAGAACGUGGCCUGUUUGAUCAAUGAGCGCAAACGCAAGCUGGAAAGCAUAGACAAGAUAGCACAGUGGCAAGUGUCCAUCGUCGGCUGGGAGGGACUGGACAUUUUAGACCGAAGCUCAGAGUUGAUCCACUCUGGGGAGCUGACCAGACUCACGAAGCAAGGCAGGAGCCAGCAACGGACGUUCUUCCUGUUUGACCACCAGCUGGUAUCCUGUAAGAAGGACCUGCUGCGCAGGGACAUGCUCUAUUACCGGGGCCGCGUGGACAUGGACGACAUGGAGCUCGUGGAUCUGGAGGACGGGCGGGACAAGGACUGGAACCUCAGCGUGAAAAACGCCUUCAAGCUCAUCAGCAAAACCACCGACGAGGCUCAUCUGCUUUGUGCCAAAAAGCAAGAAGACAAGGCGAGGUGGCUGCAGGCCUGUAGGGACGAAAGGAGAAGGGUGCAGGAGGAUCGGGAGAUGGGAAUGGAAAUUCCAGAAAAUCAAAAGAAACUCGCCAUGUUAAAUGCUCAGAAGACAGGACAUGGGAAGUCAAAAGGCUACAGUGGGUUCCCUGUGGCCCCACCGCACCAGAACCUACACCCCCUUCAUCAGCGCCACGUCACCGUGCCCACCAGCGUCCCUCAGCAGCAGGUCUUCGCCCUGGCAGAGCCCAAGAGGAAGCCUUCUCUGUUCUGGCACACCUUCAGUAAGCUCACCCCUUUCAAGAAAUGAAAACGGAAGGGCUGUGCUUCUGCUGCGGUGGCUGUGAAGAGGGCCUCUCUGUUUCUUCCAUACUCAAUCCAAGGACAGAGCAUUGGACUCGGUGCUGGAAACUGCUUUUGGGGAAUGAAUGAAGAAUAGAAGGCGUUGUACUCGCCUUUGGUCUUCAGAGACGCAGCUGCCUCCUUGGAAGGGGGAAGAUGGUGAUGACCCACAGCUUUGGGGAAACAAGAACCCUCUAACCUGUGCCGAGGUGGCCGAGGCCUGGGACCAGUGACAUGGCUCUAAAGUGAAUGCUGAGCAGACCCAACAAGCAUCGCUGAUGAGAGCAUGCUGGCUGCUGAGGGGGCUGAGAGGAAGGGCGAGACAGUGGUAGUUUUGCACUUGGUUUGAAGGGAUUGGUCAUGAUGGGGUUGGGAGGAUACUGCUUCUCACUGGCAUGGGUGAGCCGUUCCUGUGUCCCAUGUGCAGAAGCAGUGUUCCCUGGUGUCACCUGAAUCCACAGUCACCAAAUGGUCACACGGGCUUCCUCCUGCCAGCUUCCUGCCCCUACAGGCUGGAAGGAAAUGCAGGAUGACUUGUCAGGUGGCAGGGAGGUCUGCAGUGCGAUGACUCCAGCCUUCCCAAGGGACGGCUGCUUUCCGGGGAGGGAGUGGAAGAGCCUACUGUGGGCUGACCUGACUUCUCAAGUACCCUCUUGCCUGCCCGUGUGCAGUCUGCACCGCCAUAAGCAGAAACCACGGCUACUCGCACAUGAUAACCUAAAAAACUCUAUUUGAACGUACCCGUUUGCAGUAUAAAAGCCCGUCUCCUUUCAUUUUAUGAUAAAGUGAAAAUGCGUGUGCCCUAAUGGAACAGCAUUCUGCACGUGCAUCUGUGUGCUCACGCCAUCGGUGGUCUCUGCCACCCUCAUCCAUCAGGAUAUAACGACAUGCAUUCCACAGAAAAGGCAUGCAGCUCAGAGCCGUCCCGCUGCCUGAGAAUUCGAAGCUGACCUGGGUGCGUAAACCCAAGCAGUAGUGCUAACUGAGAUUAUUAGCAUGUCAGCAGGUUUCUUUACAACAGAAACCUUAACAAAAUUCAUCUCGACUCAAGACAGCAGUCUUUUUUAACGAAGGCCAUGUGGGCUGAUACCUGUCCAUAGUCAUCUACUCUUUGUAUGUAUUGUAAAUUUCGAUGGAAAUAGCUUUUAAAUGUGUCCAGAGAAGACAGACUGUGCAGGAGAGAUGCCAUGUUAAUUUACUUAGUGCACUGGAUGGAGGGUAUUGUGUUACACCAUUUGUGGUUUUCUCUUUGAGAAGCUCUUUGUAUGAGUUCUUUUUCCUACUAGACCAUGCUUGAGAAUAAACAGACCUGUCCUGUCAAACACAGGUGUAGUCCGAGUCUCCAAGCGUGUGGUUCCCCACUCUCCCCCACCUUCGCUCGUACCCAGAGCUGUUCCUCUGUACAGCGAGAAGGCACAGAACUGGACCUCUCGGGUGGGGCUUGGAGCGUCAUGGAAAAGUGUGUCAGGAAACCUCACCUGUCUUGAGCCUGCUCUGCACCUCAGUAUGCUCACUUCUAGGUGGUGUUUCUGGAAGGUCGUGCUGCCUCAUGGCCAACAACCACGGGCCACUUCUGGGGACCUUGACCCCGAGUGUCCCAGGACAGAGGCUGCUUCUAUGAGGAUGGGUCUCAGGAGGUACUGUGACUCUGAGAGCAAAAGCGGGUGUGCUGUGCUUUUGAACAGACAUCUCGAUUGUAGUUGCAUUUGUAUAACUGACCUUUUUACUAACCAAAAAUAAUGACAUGUUUUGUAAACUAUACUUAAUAUACUUUUUGUGGACCCCUCAGCAAUAACUGUAGGGGUCUCUGCGCUAAAUAGAGUUGUUUGUAUAUACAGCAAUUUUGAACAGUUGGUUGGUUUUUUUGUUUGUUUUUUUUUAAUAUAAGAGAAAGGAAGCAAAGAGAAUUAUUUGCAAAUGUUACAUUUUCAGUGAGGAUUCAUGUAAAGAACCACUCAGAGGGCUUCCAUUUACUAAUAUUUAUUAAUGGGCAAUGAAGAAAUGCUGUAAGCUCUGUGGCCAGUCCUGAGUCACUUCCCAGCUGAGCCCUCUCCUUCAGCGGAGGACCGGGGAGCUCAGCCAGCAGGGCCUGUGGCGCCCCGGGGGCUGCCCUGUCACCUCUGUGCAGUGUAAGAGUCACCUGAUCAAAUACCUGUUCUAGAUGGAGACUGCUUGGAUUUUCAGGUGAUUUUUUUUUAACUGCUAAAGUAGAUUUAAAAGGAUGGAACGUCCUUUGAUUCUUGAAGUCUGUAUGUCUACCUUGGGUUGUAUUACCAAAUGCCUGAGUUCUAUCAAGAACAGAUGGCUCAAGUAUUCUAAUUCUGGUUUGCCAAACUUCCUUCUUGAUUCAAGUCACAUGUUCUACUUGGAAAGAAAGAGAAAAAACAAAGAGCCUUCUAUACAGAUUAUGUUUGAAUUUCAUUGGGAAUCUUGCUGUCUUGUUCUUUUCCUCUUUUUAAACCCUACAUUGCUUAAUAUGGUGGACCAAAAAAAAGGGAGGGGAUGAUAUAGCAUUUUGAUGAAUUUCACUUAUUCUAUCUUUCAUGUUUCAGAAUUUGCCAACUCUGUUAAAUGACAGUUGUAAUGGCCUUGGGUCAAAAGUAACCUUCUCAAUGUCAAUCAUGCCUAAAAUGGAAAACAACCUUAACCUUGGCAGUAGAUGUAAGCAAACAUAAAAUAAUAUGUAUGUGUAAAACUCGGGGAAAAUAGCAUUCUUUGUCUUUGGCCUACAAAUUAAAGAAAGAGUGGCAGCAGCUUGCCAGGGCUUGGACGGGGUACUGCCUGCAUCAUUUGUUUUUAGUAGAUAUGACAUUUUUCACCUGAUAGACCUGAUUUUGAUUUUGUAGUUGAAAACAUUUCACUUCCAUUUCCACGCUAUUUCUGAACAUUAUUGUGGUUUUUUUUAUGUCUAAUCCAGAUGAAGACUAAGUCCAUGCCUAUUAAGGAAGUCCCCCUAGAUACUACAUUGCUCUGGCCUAGACGCAGAGCAAAAGUGCGUUUAAUUGAAAAUUUGGUUCACAAUAGAAAUCUUCUGUAAAAGCCAUGUGAUGCGGUUUUUUAUCAGUUGGAAAUCUUUACCUGUCCAAAUUGCUGAUAUUCCUCCUUGUGAAUCAACUGACUUAGAGCAGGAAGGGCGGGGGGGAUUGCUGUAUUAUUUUUUGUUGACAGGAGAAACGGAUGUGUCCCUCAUAGGACAGUGCCAACGAGUGUGAAUAAAUGUCCUUUCAAUGGCUUCAGAACACAAGUCAAGACUAGGUCAAACUACUCAAAAACAGUUUUCCCUACUGUAAGCUUAACCUACAAAUUGUUCUCCCUGUUAAAAUUUCACUUGGCUGAAAUUGUUUUUCCCAGAUUGGAUGUGCUGAAAGUGGAGUUCAAAAGAUUUUGAAAAAAAUAAAUAAAAACUGUCUGAUCUUGAAAAAAAAAAAAGCUUAAAUAUUUGAUGCAAAUAUAUUUAGGUACAACACACAUAACAUUGUUGCCUUAUUUCAUAGGCAUAAACAUUUGCAUUUAGAAAAUACUUUAACGGUUUCUGUGAUUUAGUGAUUGGUCUUUAUUGUUUAAGUAUUAGCAUCUGUUGUGUUUGACUUACCUACUUUGCAAGGCUUUUGGUAACAUUUUCCUUUCAUCUUAACUCAUCACCAUCAAGAUGAUAUUAUCUGUGAGUCAAGUGACAGCUUCCAACAGUAGAGUUGGCUGUUGACAGCUGAAGUAUGUUGUACAAGAUUGCUGUAACUUGAUAUGUAUUUUUGUUGAAUGAAGUUUUUGUAAAAAAAAAAAAGAAAUUACAAUGUUAUUUGAAUGAUUUCUUGUAAAUGCUGUGAAUCUAUAUUGUUUUGUAUCUGUAUAUUAAAAUUAAUUUGCCAAACCA